AGAGUCAACGGAGGAGGUGGUAAUUGUAGCUGGCAGUAAGCUGUGGCAGUUAGUCAGUGAGUUAGAAACACACUUACAUAGUCACUUCACCAUCUAACCUGCACAGACAAGAGAAAUGUCAGGACCCAGGCCUGUAGUUCUGAGCGGUCCAUCAGGAGCUGGGAAAAGCACCCUGUUGAAGAGACUCAUGAAGGAAUACGAAGGGGUUUUUGGAUUCAGUGUCUCUCACACCACCAGAAAUCCUCGGCCAGGAGAGGAAGAUGGAAAAGGGCUGAAUUGUCUCCCAUUGCUUCUGGGGGCUACAUUACUUCCUGUAGCAGACAUCCUAUCCUCUGAGACAUCUGAAGAUUACCACUUUGUCACCAGAGAGAGCAUGCAAGAGGGAAUUGACAAGGGCGAGUUCAUUGAGAAUGCAGAGUUUUCUGGGAAUAUGUAUGGAACCAGCAAAUCAUCCAUAGAGGACGUUCAGGCACAAAACCUCAUCUGCAUCUUGGAUGUUGACAUACAAGGAGUACAAAACAUCAAGAAGACUGAUCUAAACCCCAUUUAUAUCUCCAUUCAGCCACCUUCAAUGGAGAUCCUGGAAAAGCGUCUGAGGGACAGACAAACAGAGACAGAGGACAGUCUACAGAAGCGUCUGGAGGCCGCGAGGAUUGACAUGGAGCUCAGUAAAGAACCUGGAGUUUUUGAUAUUGUGAUCAUUAAUGAUGACCUGGAAGAAGCCUAUGAGAAACUCAAAAGUGUUCUUAUUGAGGAAAUUCAGAAGGUGCAAGAUGCCAAGAAGUAGGCACUUUUUACCUUUUUGCCCGACAACACAGGACAUGAAGCCUUUUUUCCAGCCUUGUACGGUGCAAUUAUAGUGUAAAUUCUCAUGUUGGACUCUGAAAGUUCACUUAAAGGGUUAAACAUCUCACUCUCAGUCGAGGACUCCUCUAAACUCUAUGUUUGCACCUUGAAUAAUAAAGGAAUAAAACUGUAUGGUAACCCAGAAUGAGUUGAGUAAGCGCAUUGAUGACAAUAGUUUGUUUAUCAUUAGCAUGUUAGUUCUAUAUUAGAGAAAUGAUUGUUUUUCAAUAUUUGUGAUCUUUGUAGAGAGCUAAACUACAGCAGGUUUGAUUCUCAGGUAACAGGUUUUAAAUGUGUUCGCCUGAAUGGUUAGUUUGAGUUGCACCUUCAUGUUUAUACAUUUGUGUUGAAUAUAAAAUAAUGUAAUUUUUGGUUUAGCUAAAGUAAAAUAUAAUAAAAUAAAAC